AUGACUGGAUCUCUGAAGUCCUCGGGAACCUGUUGUUGUAUUCCAAGGGAUCCUGUGCCCUUAUUUUUAGGAGAUAAGGAAAGUGCUGAGCGCUCUUUCUCCUUUCAGAUCUACCGAAGGUGUUGGCUCAUCUUCAAAACAUCAUCCAGCAAAGGACCCCGAAGAUUAGAGAAAUAUCCUGAUGAGAAAGCAGCCAAUCUCAAAGCGAGUCCCAAGGUGACCGAGAUCAGCAAUGUUAAAAAUGUUACCCGCUUACCAAAGGACACUAAGCGCCAGGCUGUAGCCCUCAUCUUCACCGAUGACACAUCCCGCACCUUUACCUGUGAUUCAGAGCUGGAAGCUGAGGAAUGGUACAAAAUUCUCUCCAUGGAAUGUCUCGGGGCAAGACUUAACGAUAUCACCCUGGGUGAGCCAGACCUACUUGCUGCUGGUGUUAUGUGUGAGCAAAACGAACGUUUCAAUGUUUACCUCAUCCCCUCCCCAAACUUGGAUGUCUACGGAGAGUGUAUGAUGCAGAUCACGCACGAGAACAUCUACCUCUGGGAUAUACACAACACACGCAACAAACUGCUCAGCUGGCCGCUGUGCUCGCUGCGUAGAUAUGGCCGUGAUAACACACGCUUCACCUUUGAGGCUGGACGCUUGUGUGACACUGGGGAAGGAUUGUUCACGUUCCAGACAAGGCAGGGGGAAGAGAUUUAUCAACGUGUUCACACAGCCACUCUGUGUAUCGCGGAACAACACAAACUCAAGGUCCUGGACAUGGAGAAGAACAUGACAAUAUUAAACAAGAGUACAGAAGUGGAGCACUUCCCAUCUCCAGCUAGCGCCGUGCUGCCCCGCAGUGCCUUCUGGCACCACAUAACAAGCUCACAGCACACUGGAGAAAUGGUCCACAGCAACCCAGAGUUAUACUGCACAGGCCAAGCAGCAGGUGACAUGGACUCCUUCCCUGGACAAGCAAGUACUUUAAGCAGUGACUGCAGACUCUCUCCACACUUCCCCACUCAGUGAGUUAGCUGGUCAGAGCUUGCCUCAACCUGCAGAGAGAGCUGAGCCAUAAUUUCAGUAAGGACCAACAGGAGAUUGGGACAAAGCACUUGCCACUCCCAGCAUUCCCCCCACACCCCCGUCUUACCCACUGUGUACAAAUGCAAAACAAGACAAAGAACCACUGCAUUUUACAGGAAUGGGAGAGGACAGAUACGCCGAAGUUUUGGAAGAGGAUUACCUUUCACACCCUUUUCAGUAUUGGAGAAAUCUACGGGUAAAGGCUGAAGCACGAGCCUACUGAGAUGUGGCACAACGAGCAGACCUGAGAAGGAAGGCCAGUAUGUACAGUCACUUGGUGACCUAACUCAGGACAGUCAGAGCUGAUUUUGUUUUCAGUAUCUCCAGUUGCAUCACUGGCAAAAACUCUUAUUGUGAACACAAUCUUGGUGCCUGUACAGGGACUGGCCUGACACGAGAGUCCCUCUGAUAUGAAAACUGAGACUUAUGUUCUCCUUCCAAAUGCUGGAAUCCAAUCAGUCACUUUAUGAUAGGUACUCCGUUCUUUUGUAGAAGGGCUUAAUGAGCUUUUAUUGGACCUCAGGCUCCUUUCAACUUUAAUGCAGUCCAAAAUGAGACUGCUGACCUUCUCCUCAGUCUCUAAUCUCUCAGUAUCUGCAGCUCCUGUGGCCUAUCCAGACAUGUUGCUCUGCACCUGUUUGCAAUGGAUUCCUGAAGGUGUCUGACACUUGUUCCCAGUGUACCAGCCUGAAGUCUCUGGGCUCUCACUGCAGGAUCUCACCCCUGUACUAGAGGCUGACUGGCCAUAUCAAAUUGAAAUAAUCCCAAGUAGCAACGGUUUCCUUGAACUCUCCCACUCCUCAUACACACCGGAUUAGCUUAAUAACUCCAUAGUGGUGGAAGAGGCAAUUUGCCCAUUUCCUCAUUUCACUGUCUAUUCAUAUCAUUAAACAGUAUUGUUUGCAGGAGAAAUUCCAAACACAGUGGUUCCCUCCUUCCCUCUUCUUCUGUCUUUCUCACACUGCAAUGUAGAGGUUCAACCUGGAAUGAUGAGAGCUCAGCAAAAAGUUGGUGACAUGAUGUGGCACAGGAGGAGGCCAGCCACUGAUUUCAACGCCAAACCUGCAGGAAUUUCCUCACAAGCCAGCUGUCGUGAUACUUCCCACCUCACCUCCCUCCCAACCAGUAGGUCACAGCUGACCAAGGGAAGUCCUGUAGCAGGAAUCCACAAUAGCAAUACAACCUUGAUAUUCAAGUGAUGGUGAAGCUCAUUGCUAGCACUAUUAGUGGGUGGAUUGGGGCAAGGCAACAGAUGCUUGGAAGGGGUAUGUCCAAUGCGAGUAGUCUGUGCCAGCUCUCAGACAGGCACUUAGAAGUGGGAGGAGGGGGUUGCUGCUGACUGGGGUCAGUAACCAAGCGGCACUCUCUCUCCCUCUCUAGCGACCCACAGUAAUGUGCAAGCAGGACACUGGUUCUCCC